AUGGGUGCACCACACCACACGAAGACGGCCCAGAAGCCGAAUACAAGGACGGCCCAAGCUGUUCCCCCGCCCCGGUCUCGCUGGUUUCCGCCGGUUCCACCACUACUGAACCAGCAAAUGCGGAGUUGCUGGUUCAGCAAGAGCCAGAGCGGAGAUGCCGGGAGGCUCUCUAGCUCGAGCGUGAUAUCGCACGCCUCGCAGAGGAUGCGUCCGCAGCCACCAGAGCCGCAGCCGCCGCCGAAACUCUCGUCCACACUCAACCGGGCGGCGAUGGCAGCACUUCACAAGGGAGCGAGGAUAGAGGUCAAGCCGCUCACCGCCUUGCCGGAGCGCAAGGAGAACGAAACUCUCGAGCAGUGGGAGUUUCUCCGUGAGGGGCUUGGCCCAGAGGACGAGAGGGAGAAGCGGUUGGCGAGGGAGAAGGAGAAGGAGGCGGAGAAACUUACCGAGGCGCAGAUACUCCGGGAGGCUAAGCAAGAGCGUGCGAUGAAGGCCGAGAAGCAUACGAAGGCCCUUGUGGCGGAGCACAUCCGCCAGAAGCACGCACGCCUGGCGUUGGAGCGUCAGGUGCUGGCGGAGCAGGAGGCGGAGCGGAGUCGACAGGAGGUGCUCCGGCUCGAGUCGCAGGAGGCGGUGAAGUGGAGUUACUGGGAGGCGCUCCGGGUCGAGAGAGAGCUCGCAGCCAUCGACCGUCUCGUUGACAUGCCCUCGGCCGGCGGCAUGGCCACCGCCCUCCACCGGGAUGCUUCGAUUGACCGUGAGGAGGUCCACUAG